GGCGAAGAAAUAUAUGGUGCCUCCACUCGCUGAGAAAUGUACCGCAUAUCUGCGCGACAAUUUGAAAGCAUCCAACGUAUUUUGCAUUCUGCCGCGCGCUCAGAAGUUUGAAGACAAAGAUUUGGAAGAUCGAUGCUGGGAGGUGAUCGAGAAGCAGUCAGAAGAGGCUGUGAUGUCAGAUGAAUUUGUCACAGUUGAGCGACCUGUAGUCGAGUCUGUUGUGAAGAGAGAAGUGUUGAACGUGAAGGAAGUGGAACUGUUUAAAGCUGUUGAUCGCUGGGCCACAAAAGAAAGUGAAAGGCAAGGGACAAGUCGUGAUGGAGACGAAAAGAGACGAAUUCUUGGAGAAGAGAUCGUAAAAGCGAUACGAUUUCCACUGAUGUCGCAAAAGGAAUUUGUCUCUUUCGUAAUUGAUACUCACGUCCUUACUUAUGAAGAGGUCGGCGAUAUGAUGAAACACUACAAUGGUGUUUUCAUAUCUUCUUUACCCUUCUUGCAAGCUCCAAGGAUUGGAUUCGCUACACAUCGGUGCCGCAGAUUUAGAAAGUUUCUUGCGCCCGUUGGCCGUUGGAAUUACUCCGGUAAUCCUGAUUCUAUCAAUUUCAGUGUAGACAAGCCCAUCAAGUUUUUUGGAGUUCAGCAUUUUGGUUCUGAAGGUGGAGAGUACACAGUUUCCACAGAAGUGAAAGAUAGCACUGAUGGCUCCUCUCUGGUAAAACAAUCUGGAGUCUUCUCCUCUAUUAAGGACGAAACCGAUUCCUAUUACAGCUUUGAUGUACAGUUUGAUCGUCCAGUUUGUUUGGAGAAAAGUAAGGAGUACAAGUUAGUGUCGCUUAUAAAGGGUCCACAGUCAUGGUUUGGACAAGAAGGACAAAGAUCUGUUGAGUCUCAGGGUAUAAGAGUGUUCUUCUGUACCUCGGACGGUAGAACUAACGGGACCUCUGAUACAAGAGGCCAGUUUCCUGCCCUAUUUAUAGGCUGAAGCAUUCCUUUGUAGUUCUUAAAAAGCGUUCUAAAGAGCGGGGGAGGGAGGGGGGAGGGGUUUAUAAAUACCCAAAACCCAGUACCAUUGCCAUAUAUUUUGUUUGUGAUUUCCAGUCCCAGUGACACAAAUCCCAUUGUCAUAGUGAAGAAAUCCCAGUUCCCAUUUUACCAAGGCCCAAGCUAAUAACCUGUACACAUGUAGUUUGAUGUUCAAGAGUCCUAUCUACAUUGGAACACUGCUUGACGUAAAAACUUCGUUCGCAGGGUCCGUCUUUUUCCCAAUCCUGGAACGAGGUUUGCCCCCCAGAAAUCCUGAUCUAGUAACAGUUUUGUUAGUUGUGAAUGGUCCAAGUAACACUCAAAGUCUGAGUAAAUACAACCUAAAAAGAGGAUUGUGACGGCACGUAGAAUAGUAAAAAGGAAAACAUGAAGAUAAUGAUAAUUGUAUUUCAGUCCAAAGUUUAGUUUAGGAGGCACAAAUGGGCGUGAAGACUUUUGGGAAUAUAUUUUAAACACGCAUAUGCUAUCCCAGCUGAACUAUUAAUUCGCCGGCUGAUGAAACAAGCCAACAGCAAACCCUAUUAAUAGUGGUAAUUUAGCCAUGUGUAUGAAAUAAAUUGAAUUUGUUAACAGGGGAAGAAGGGAAAGGGGCAAUGAAAGUGAAAGUAAUUUUGUUAGUUAGAGAAACGGAAACGGAAUAUUUUGUCAAACUGCGCUAUCGACAUUUUCGGCACCAAAAUGUUGGGAAAAAUUUUCGUUUGGGGCGCCAUAGUCCCCCUUGCUCCCCUCGCCGCUUAUGAUGAUUCAAAGAAUUCUAUGAAUACUAAGUCAAUCUGUGCAUUACUCCAGUUGGUGUCCAUAGCGGCAAAAUGUUAACCUGCAGUGCAGGUGUAAUAGGAAACUUAAGCUCUGAUGACGGCGUCCCCAGGGACGACGUCCAGUAAAAAUGGAAUAUUUAUAUUUUACUCUGUUCAGUGCGAUUAAUUCAAAAAGAGAUACGAAAUAUUUGCGGUCGCAGCCCACGUUCUACACACACUUGCAGAACUUGGUCAUUGUUUGUUGUUUUUUUCGGAGGGUACGAAAUAAGCGAAGAUUUAUAAUGCACGUGCAUAGAUAUUGUUUUGCUCAUUAAAGCUUUUGUGUGAUGACGUUCUCGUUGCCAUCGCCGUCGUAGUUUGCCUAAGUUCCCUAUUUUUGGCACGCGAGUGCACAUUUUCCUAUUAGGCCGCCAUCUUGGAUUAGGUAGCUGUGGAGGGUUCGGGUGGAGAAAAAUUUGCAGAGGGAGUAAGCAAUGCAACCAGUUACAAUCCAAGAUGGCGGCAUCGAAAACUUGGGUUGCUUUUCAUGCCAGAGCGAUCGGUCAGAGACCAGUGGAGGAAAAUUGGAACGACAUUUUCCUAUCAAACCGGGCUAACCAAAAGGAAUGGCUCUUACCAUAUUUUUUUAUUCCUUUUCCGAAUUUUCUACAUAAUUGAAAUCUACCAAAGAGAGGUAGGGCAAUGAACCGGUUUGUCAAAAUGGAACGGCAAAUUUCGGUUGGACCAGUCCGACCGGUCAAAGCGGAUCACCUCUAGAGAUGUAAAUGCUUGUUUAUUCAGUUCAGGUAAACAGUCAACUAGAAAGCCAAAAGAAAGUUCCAGAUGUUUACACUAUUUUCCGGCCGCCAUAUUGGUGUACCAGGGAGGCUGUGAAUUUGCGCAAAGCAUUUCGACGAAUAUCUGAUGUUUGGGAAAGCGCAGAGACCUAAAACUUGGAAAGGUGUCUUCUUUAAUUAUCUCCUGUAACAUUACAAUUUCUUGACUUUAUCCACUGAAUAGUUUUUGAUUUACAUGUAUCUUGACGAAAAUGUGUGCAAGCAAGGGUAUGGUUUGCUGUUUUCCAAUGCAGGAUUUUGGGCGAGAUUGUUGUAUAUGACUUGUCAUCGACGGACGUGAGACUGCAGGUUUCUGCGUGACACACAACAGAUCAUGUUGUUGUGUGACAAGCAGUAACACCAACGGCCACUUGUCCAGCGGUAGCACUUCCUCUUAUUGUUAUUCCUGUUUCGCUUUUGUCAAGAGAAGAACUCGAAACAUUGCUGUAACGAAUAAAACUGCAAAGACCAAGAAAAACAACGAUGGCUGUUGUUGAAGAGAACUGGCAGAAAAAACGAUCAACUACUG